UCAAUUGAUUGAUAUAUCCCUCCCUCCCUCCCUCCUAGUUUUGUGACUUUCGGGUUUCUGAGGAUCUUGAUUUUUGUGGGUUGGGUUUAACUUAUAUAUCUCUACCAGUCCAAGCAUCUAAACUAUGUUUUUCGAUGGAUACCAUUAUCCCGGAACCACCUUUGAGCAUAGUUACCGCUGCUACCCUGCUUCUUUCAUCGACAAGCCUCAAAUUGAAAGUGGUGACAAGAUUAUAAUGCCCCCAUCAGCCCUUGAUCGUCUCGCAUCUUUGCAUAUUGACUAUCCUAUGCUGUUUGAGCUUCGUAAUGCUGGAAGUGAACGUGUUUCACACUGUGGCGUCCUUGAGUUCAUUGCUGAAGAAGGCAUGAUUUACAUGCCUUACUGGAUGAUGCAGAAUCUGCUGCUGCAAGAAGGAGACAUUGUGAGAGUUAGAAAUGUCACUCUUCCUAAGGGGACUUAUGUUAAACUACAGCCCCACACUACUGACUUCCUCGAUAUAUCCAACCCUAAAGCCAUCUUGGAGACGGCUUUGAGAAACUACUCAUGCCUAACCACUGGGGAUAGCAUUAUGGUUCCAUACAACAAUAAGAAGUACUUCAUAGAUAUUGUUGAAACAAAGCCUGCUAAUGGUAUCAGCAUCAUUGAAACUGACUGUGAGGUUGAUUUUGCACCUCCCCUUGAUUACAAAGAGCCUGAACGUCCUAAAGCACCUACUGCUGCAGCUAAGGCUCUGGCAAAAGCUGAGGAAGUUGUGCCUGAACCUGAACCAAAGUUUAAUCCUUUCACGGGAUCUGGAAGACGGUUAGAUGGGAGACCUCUUUCCUAUGAGCCACCUUCUUCCUCCUCUAGCGCAAAAGACAAACAGCCUGCUGUUGCUAGUGGUAAUGGACAGUCGUCUGUAGCAAGUGGCUCAGAGAGAGCUGCGCGACAAGCUCAAGGAAAGCUUGUGUUUGGGGCCAACGCAAACCGUGCUCCAAAAGAAGCUCCAAAAGUUGGAGCUGGAAAGGAGACAAAGAAAGAGGAAGAAGAGAAGAAAGAAGAGUCCAAGUUCCAAGCUUUCACUGGGAAGAAGUAUUCAUUGAGGGGUUGAUGAUUAACUCAGUCUGCCGGUCUAUGUAUGAUCCCUCUGUGUAUUAUAUCAGUACUAGUGCCUCGAAUUAAACAAUGAAACAAAUAAUUUAAUAAAGCUCUCUGUUUUUCUUCU